AGUUCACAUGUUUUUGAUACAUGAGCCAACAAAGCAUACGAGAGAAAAUAACCAAACACCCCUUAAUUAAUCGUAACAAAAUACGCGGCUGGAUAAGCAGAUAAGUACUCGUAUAGUUAUUUAUCACAAUGUCGCGAGUGAUGUUGGGGGUCAUGACUUCUUGUUUCGCCGGUGUUAAAUCCGUGACGGAACACCACCCACCACGGCAAACUCAAGUUUCAGUUAAAAACCAACAGAAGAAAACUUCCGGCGGUUUCGGGUCCCGGAAAAAAGAGCCCAUUUGGCAGUGCAUAAACAACUGUGGCGCGUGUUGUAAAUUGGAUAAGGGCCCGGCAUUUCCAUCCCCUGAAGAAAUCUUUGAUGAUGAUUCUGAUGUUCAAUUAUAUAGAAAUUUGAUAGGAUCUGAUGGGUGGUGCAUACAUUAUGAGAAAAGUACAAGAACUUGCUCCAUAUAUGCUGAUCGGCCAUACUUUUGCCGAGUUGAGCCUGGUGUUUUUGAGAACUUGUAUGGGAUAGACAAGAAAAAGUUCAACAAGGAAGCUUGCAGUAGCUGCAUAGAUACAAUUAAAGCUAUUCAUGGAUCUCAGUCAGAGGAGUUGGACAAGUUUAAAACUGCUAUUAGGAGUUAAGUUAGUAUAUUGAUUUUGACCUGGUUAUCUUCAAAGUCGUUAACUGCAAUAAUUUUAGCGCUAGUGAAAGACGUCUGCUGCUCUUUGACCUGGGAAUUGAGGUCUGGAAUCUGGAUCCGUCUUGGGCACUUUUGUUGGUCACUGACAACCUUAUUGUGUUGAUUUGUUCUUGACUUUCGGGCGUGCUGAUUCAAGUAUGGCAUAUUUCUACCAUGACGAUUGUAGAGAACAAAGAGCAAACUGUGAUAUAGGUUACUUGAAACACAUGGUUUCAAUUCCCGAGAGUGGCUGCUGCCUGCUAGUCAGUGUGAUGUUAUAGUAUCAGACGUCCCUCAUUUUUUGGUGGUUUAUACUAUUAUAUAGAUGAUUCAGUCUCUUGGUUAUGUUUGUAGUCUCACAAACUCUCUUUACAAAAGAGUAAUCUUACUGAUUGUCCCAUAGUUCCCCUUGUUAACAUGAGCAUAUCUUCUAUUUAUAUUUUGGCCAUUUUGUUGAAGCCAUUUGGUUGUAUGAUUAAGCAGAGAGCCAGAGAAUUAUGAUAAAUUAAUUUAUGAAGUUAUUUAUUUCUUGUUU